UGAGGAGUCGGUACGGGGGCCCAUGGCAGAUUACGGGCCUGGCAGCAGCAAUGGGAGGCCCGUAAUCUGCCAGCACCCUAUGACAAAAUGGAACCCACCAGCAGUGUGAGGAGACCUGAAAGUGGCACAUGGCAGAGUGUGGCGAUGGAGACAGCAGCAAUGGGAGGCCGUACAGGGACCCAUGACACACUCUGGACCUGGCAGCAGCAUGAGGAGUCGGUACGGGGGCCCAUGGCAGAUUACGGGCCUGGCAGCAGCAAUGGGAGGCCCGUAAUCUGCCAGCACCCUAUGACAAAAUGGAACCCACCAGCAGUGUGAGGAGACCUGAAAGUGGCACAU